GUUGUAUUAGGUAGGUUUUCCAUGUUGUCGAAUGUCGAGAGCUUGAAUUUCUAAGCGAGAACAAAGAAAAAAGUUAGUCGUUAACGGUUAAUCCAUACGGAUACUUCUCAAAUCGUGAUCGUCAUUUUUUUACUUGUUUCGGUGAACGCAUUUCAUAGUUAAAAUAUUUGCUUAAAUUGUUUGUAUUCCAGCUAUCAUACUACUGAAUAAUUAACUACAUCAUGCCGACCAACGUCGAAGUUUAUAAACCUCCUCAUAUGAGAGAUGGCUACAGUAGUGUAUUUCCACUAAAUAACAAUAGCUUAAAAUAUGAAGAUAAUAAUGCAAAGGUGUUCAAGCCCCAUGACACUAUGUCAAAAAUUCUGCAUAAUAUGACUUCAUCUAAAGCAUAUAUACCACCAGCAAUGCGUCAUCCUAUGAAUGGGCAUCAAGGUAAAAUAAAUAACAAUGAAUCUAACUCUAUUUCAACUUACAAGGAUCGCCAGUUUAAGGGAAGCAGUACAGAUUAUAAAAAGAAACUGGAAGAAUCCACUACAGUUUAUGUUGGAUGUUUAAAUUUAUUAAGUUCUGAAAGUGAUAUUCACAAACUGUUUUCUAGUGCAGGAAAGAUAAAAAAAAUUAUUAUGGGAAUAGACAAUGAAACUUCAGGUCCAGGCGGUUUUUGUUUUAUAGAGUAUGAAACCCGGUUGGGUGCUGAAACGUGUAUGAAGACAAUGACCAAAGCAAUGUUGGAUGGUAAACAAGUUAAAGUUGAUUGGGAUGCAGGUUUUAUAGAGGGGCGUCAGUAUAGGCGUGAAAAAGCUAAGAAGCGAUUUUCAUUUGCUGCAAUUUACCCUCCGAUGAAAUAGAAUUCUCUUUGAUUCAGUUUUCUGGAAUGAUCGUUCUAAUUUUAUCAUUGAUUCAAUGAAUAUUAUGUCUAUAAUAUAUUAUCAAGAACUUAACUAGUAUACUAAUAUUCAUAUUUAUUUAUCGUUUUAUAUAUAUAUUUUUGUAAGAAACAAAGACUGCAGUUAAAAAAAAAAAAAAUGUAUUUAUAUUU